CUUUCUAUACAUAGGACGCAGUGUAUGCACAGUUCAUGGCCAGUCUAAAGAGGGAUUCGAGGCUGACCUCCUGGCAGAGCACACUGUGCGGAGGGGUAGCUGGAAUACUAAGCCGCACUGCCACUGCCCCCCUGGAUGUGGUGAAGAUUCUCACACAAGUAGGCACUUUCCACUCCAAGCAAGGCUUUCUCAAUACCUUCCAUCUGUUAUACAAGGCAGAGGGACUCCGAGCGUUCUGGAAGGGUAACCUGACUGCAUGUGUGCGCCUGUUCCCAUACAGUGCGGUGCAACUGUCAGCCUAUCACAAGCUAUCAGUGAUGUUUAUGGAUGAUUUAGGACAGAUCUCACCAAGUAAAGCCAUUCUAGCUGGAAGUGUGGCAGGAAUGUUGGCAGCUAUAAUCAUCUAUCCUACUGAUGUCAUCAAGACCCGACUUAUUGUGCAGAACAGCAUGGAACCCACAUACAGAGGGAUCAUUCAUGCACUAUGCACUGUGUACUAUCAGGAAGGAUUUCGAUCAUUAUAUCGGGGAGUUUCACUUUCAAUUCUUGGAGCAGUUCCAUUUUCUGCUGGUUUAUUCUUUAUGGAUGUGAGUCUGGACAGAAUCUGGGAGGAGUCUGGGGCCCGGUUAACACCUCUACAGAACUUUGUAAAUGGCUGCUUGGCUGCCGCUGUAGCCCAGACAUUAUCUUUCCCUUUUGAAACUGUUAAGAAGAAAAUGCAGGCACAGAGCCACAUCCUUCCUCAUUGUGGGGCAGUUGAUGUCCACUUUAAUGGAGUCCUUGAUUGUUUUAGACAAAUUGUAAAGAUAAAAGGAGUAAUGAGCCUUUGGAAUGGAUUGACUGCCAAUUUACUGAAGAUUUUUCCUUAUUACGGUUUAAUGUUCAGCACUUUUGAAUGCUGCAAACGGUACUUCCUGUAUCGAAAUGGUUACCUUGUGUCACCCCUCAGCAGCCAGCUGAUGCCGGGAGUGGAUCAGAGUCUGGGGCCCUGGGAACUGCAAGAACUACACAAGUUUAUCCGGCAAAAGAAGAUUGAAAACAGAAACCCAUCUUUGAAAAGCUAA